UCUCUCCUUGCUCUCUCACAUUCCUCCACUCGUCCCAUUUUCUCUCAUUUCGUUACCAGCUCCUUCUGUUUGUCUUCGUUCUCUCUCUAAUCCGCUAGUACAUUGCUGAUCAAAUUUCAAAACUUAUAGUAACUUUUUGUUGUUAUCCAUUACAGAUCUUCACCUCCACUCAAUUUUUACUUAUCUGCAGCGAUUUAGCAAAAAAUUAAGCUUUGAACUUUUCGAUGCUCGGCGAUUUGACUAUGUGCAUUCUCUGAAUUGUUAGAAAUUUUUGGUUCUCCACGUGAAGUGUUGUGAGCAUAACACAAUAAAAAUGGAGGUUGAAAAAAAGGGAUUAAAGGGAGGCUUUUUUCAGUUGUUUGAUUGGAAUGUUAAAUCUCGAAAGAAGCUCUUCUCUGGUAGAUCUGAAUUACCUGAGAGUUCUAAACAAGGGAAAGAAAAUGUUAAUGGUUCAGCUAUUUCACGACUUCAGCAGGUGAAUGGGCUUGAAAAUGAGUUCGGUCCAAAUGCUAGAAGACAUAUUGAUUACCAUUAUAGUUCAUCAACAAGCGGCGAUACAGAUUGUGGAACAAAAGCACCUGGAGUUGUGGCACGUCUUAUGGGAUUGGAUUCAUUGCCAACUUCAAACGUUUCUGAUCCCUAUUCUACUCCGUUUAUUGAGUCUCACUCUUUCAGAGAUUCUCGUUACUUGGGAACCCCCGUGUUUCAGAAUGAACGUGAUACUGUAAUCUUUGAUAACAUACGGAAUAAAGUGGAUGGCUUCACUAGGAUACCUGUGGACCCGAGUCUGCAGAAGUUGCAUAGUCGACCAAUUGAGAGGUUUCAAAGUGAGGUAUUGGCUCCAAAAACUGCUAAGCCCAUUUCCAUUACUCAGCACAGGCUCUUAUCUCCUAUCAAGAGUCCUGGGUUCAUCCCACCAAAGAAUGCAGCUUACAUAAUGGAGGCCGCUGCCAAAAUCAUUGAGCAGAGUCCUCGGUCUACCCCUAAGGGCAAAUCACUGGGACUUGGGUCUUCUUCUGUCCCCUUGAGAAUUCAAGGUUUGAAAGAGAAAAUGGAGGCUGCUCAGAGGUCUACUCCAAUGGCCGUGGCAUCCCAGAAGGUCAAAGAA